GUGUGUAUUCAGUGAGCUCUGCCUCUCCCAGGAGCGCGUCCACGCAUUGUUUUCGAGGAUCCAAGAGAAAAAAGUCCAUUGUUGUUACGAAGUUUUUAAUCUGGGGAUUUAAAGCACAUCACAUGCUCAGACUGAGCAGCAGGGCGCUCGACCACAACAAGCAAACUGCUGCAAAAAUCCACGCCGGGGAGGAAACUAUUCAUCCUGAAAAGGACUGAGGAAAAAUUAUUCACACUGCGAUGCCAGCGCAGUUUUGCUGAGUUUAGGAUCGCCGGUGAAGUGUGUUUAAGGAGAGGGGGGAACUUUUUAUUCUCUGGAGAAACUCACGAUAAAGAUGACGCUCAAGUACAGCCAGCGGUCUCUAAUAGUUCUGUGUCUACUGGGGAUUUUAUCGGCCAUUAUGUCAGUUUUAUCGGUGAUUUUGAUUUUCCAGCUUCAGUCUCAGCAGACGGCAGUGAAGGAGUCUCCCCCGUCCACCGCCUCGAUCAUCCCGGCUCAUAUUUGGGCCGUCCUGCUGCCUGUGUCCACCGUGCUGUCCGCGCUGUCCCUCACCCUGCAGCUCAGCUCUGUGGUGGUGUGUCUCCUCCACAGCUACUUCUCAACUGAGGUCUGCAGAGGAGAGCAGGACACUGAAAGAGCAGACUGGUUCCUUUUGGAUAGCAGAGCUGUACGACACGUGGCAAUCGGACUGUUCUGCCUGGGGGUUUCUGUCUACUUAACAGCUAUGUCCAUCUUUAUGCUCCUCAUAUUUGAGGUGGAGACUGGCAUUGCAAGCGCUUGCGUACUCUCCUCUGGGAUCUUAAUCCUUCUGGUCGUUGUGAUCCACUCUCUGGUCAAAGCUUCUCAUACUGCCAAGCGCUAUCACACCGACCACCUCGACACCCUCUUCCGGAACGACCACGGAAGCAGCAGCACGCCCGUCUCCCGACACUGCGAGCUCAAAAUAGGCGUGGACAAACCACGCAUGCACCGCAGCCAGUCUCACCUCCAGCAUCCGGUCUCCUACCCUCAAUGUGGCAACCCGUUACAACAACAAUACCAGCAACAGCAGUACUCCCCUGCCGCGGGUUCCCAGGGCCAUGCUAGUGAUAAAGACGGCUACAGCAGCGGUGGCAGUUGUCCCCGAAUGCACAGGACCCUGUCUACUGAAUCCGGUUUACUGCAGGCUCAGACGAAACCCUGGAACGGGGUCAACAAUGAGAUGAGGAGCGUCCUUGCACGCAAGUCAGGGAUUUCUGCAAAAGACUCCACCCUUGUGUGACAUAAAGGUAGCUGAGCUCGUGGUUAAAGACACUGAUGGACUGAUGACACAAGUGUCAUCUCAAACAUGUAGAACUGGACUUUUUACACUCAGCGUGUUCGGCCUGACUGAUUGCAAACGACAUGAGACUCGGACUUAAACACACACCCAAGUUUUCACCUUUAUCAACUGAUUUCAACUGUUCAGAUUAUGAAGCAUUUUUACUAUUAUGAAAAACAAAUGGAGACAAAUUUUGUAUAAUUUAUAGUGUUAUGUAUGAAUGAGCUUGAUUUGAAUCUCUUUACACACACACACACACACACACACACACACACACACACACACACACACACACACACACACACACCAGUGUUGCCCAAGUAUCGGUCUGGCAUACAGUAUGUAUAGCUUUCAUUGUAAUACUGUGAAUACUUUAUUCCGCUGUAUAUGGUGGCUUUUUGCCAAAUAAUUGUGCAUAAUAUUCAGAUGUAUUUUGUUGUGUGUGGUUCAAAAUUAUUUUAUAUCAACCAUAAAUUAAUUACU